AUGGAAGAGGGAAAUCACUCCGUGGUGACUGAGUUCAUUCUCUCAGGAUUGACAGAUCACCCAGAGCUGCAGGUCCCUCUGUUUGUGUUGUUCCUAUUGAUUUAUGUUACCACCCAGGUCUGUAAUGGGGGGAUGGUCUUGUUAAUCAUGACUGACCCACAACUCCAUUCCCCCAUGUACUUUUUCCUCAGGAGUUUGUCUUUUUGUGAUCUUUGCAGUUCCACAGUAAUCGCCCCUAAGUUGCUUCAGAUUUUCUUAGCUGAGAGGAAAAGCAUUUCUCACACUGCCUGCGCUGUGCAAAUGUAUUUCUUCCUUGUUUGCGUAGAUAUUGAGUGUCUCUUGCUGGCUGUGAUGGCCUAUGACCGUUAUGUGGCCAUCUGUAACCCUCUGCUCUAUACGGUCACCAUGUCCAGGCAGCGUUGUGGCCAGCUGGUGGCUGGGGUAUGCGCUGUAGGGUUGGUGGAUGCAAUGAUACUCACAUGUUCUACAUUUCAGCUGUCAUUCUGUCACUCAAAUAUCAGCAAUUUCUGCUGUGACGUACCCCCCUUGCUGGCGCUCUCCUGCUCUGAUACCCACAUCAAUGAGAUUUUGUUGUUUGCAUCCAUGUGCUACACUGUAAUGAUCAGCGUGGUGACCAUCCUCCUCUCCUAUGUCUGUAUCUUCUCCACCAUCCUGCGGAUCCGCUCUGCCGAGGGCCGGCACAAAGCCUUCUCCACCUGCGCUUGUCAUUUGACUGCAGUGGGCAUGUUUCAUGGCUCUCUCAUUUUUAUGACUUUCCAACCGAGCUCCAGCUAUUCCACGGGCACAGACAAAAUAGCCUCAGUGUUCUACACACUGGUGAGCCCCAUGCUGAACCCCCUCAUCUACAGCCUGAGGAACAGGGAGGUGAAGGACGCCGUGAGGAAAGCCAGGAACAAACUUCUAACCAAUUCCUGA